GAAAUUCUUGCCUUGUUCUUCAGUUCGUGAGUAUUCAAGAUGGCCGACGCAGGUUCCAGGUGAGGCUCUGUGUCUGUGCCCCCAUUGAAUGAAGCUGUCCAGUGGCUUGAGUUUGUCAGCACACCCCCCUCCACUCCUUUUGCCUCCCACCAUGUCGUCUUCCUCCUCUUGCUCCUCCUCCGUGGAGACCAGCCCGGAGGACAUGCCCCGUGGUGGUGGUACCAUUCGUGUCUACCUCCCUAAUAAGCAGCGCACUGUGGUGAAUGUUCGGCCUGGGCAGACAGUCCGAGACAGCCUGGACAAAGCUCUGAAAGUGCGAGGACUCAGCCAGGACUGCUGUGCUGUUUUUCGUCUUCUUGAGGGUCACAAAAGACUGACUGACUGGAGCACGGACAUUACGCCGCUUGUUGGGGAGGAGCUGCUUGUGGAGAUCUUGGAUGACGUCCCCCUUACCAUGCACAACUUUGUGCGUAAGACCUUCCUGAAGCUGGCCUACUGUGAUUUCUGCCACAAAUUCCUCUUUAAUGGCUUCCGCUGUCAGACCUGUGGGUACAAGUUCCAUCAGCACUGCAGCAGCAAGGUGCCCACAGUGUGUGUGGACAUGGACACAAUGAACAAGAUAUUACCCAAUACAGGCCUAGAUGAGUAUCCUCAAAUCACACUCAUACCAGACAUAUCCCCAGAGCCUAAGGGGGGGCUGCUGUCACCCUCUUCACCAUUCCACUUCCCCGCCCAUGACUCUGGCAGCCAGUCCCUUCAGCGGCACCGGUCCACAUCAACUCCCAAUGUCCACAUGUUCAGCACAGUAGGGCCUGGAGUUAUCGAGGAAGCACUAAUUAAAAACAACUCAAUGGGAUUGGAGACUUUGUGUAAACCUUCCACCAGUCCUCCUUCUGUUGGUUCGCCUGGGAAACGGCCUCCCAAGUCUCCUUCAGAGACCAAGGAGCGAAAGUCCUCCUCCUCAGAUGACAAAAAGAAAGUGCACCGUGGUGGAAAUCGGGACUCAAGCUACUACUGGGAGGUGCACUCAAGUGAGGUCACCAUUCUGAAGCGCAUUGGCACCGGGUCUUUCGGGACCGUCUUCAAGGGCAAGUGGCAUGGGGAUGUGGCUGUGAAGAUCCUGAAGGUGACGGACCCCACGCCAGAGCAGCUGCAGGCUUUCAAAAAUGAGAUGCAGGUGCUCAGGAAGACGCGUCACGUCAACAUCUUACUCUUCAUGGGCUUCAUGACGAAGCCCAAGUUUGCCAUCAUCACGCAGUGGUGUGAGGGCAGCAGCCUCUACCGGCACCUGCACGUCACAGAAACCAAGUUCGACACUAUGCGACGCAUCGAUGUGGCACGGCAGACAGCCCAGGGCAUGGACUACCUUCACGCUAAGAAUAUCAUCCACAGAGAUCUAAAAUCAAACAAUAUCUUUCUCCAUGAGGGCUGGACGGUUAAGAUUGGGGACUUUGGGUUGGCAACGGUCAAGUCACGCUGGAGUGGGUCCCAGCAGGUGGAGCAGCCCAGUGGAUCAAUUCUUUGGAUGGCCCCAGAAGUUAUCCGUAUGCAAGACAGCAACCCUUACACAUUCCAGUCAGACGUCUAUGGGUAUGGUGUAGUGCUGUAUGAGCUAAUGUCUGGCACGCUGCCUUAUUCCAACAUCAGCAACCGUGAUCAGAUCAUUUUCAUGGUGGGGCGUGGCUAUCUGUCCCCCGACCUUAGUAAGCUGUACAGCAACUCUCCAAAAGCCAUGAAGAGACUCAUCAUCGACUGCCUGAAGUUCAAAUUGGAUGAAAGGCCCCUUUUCCCACAGAUCCUGGUCGGUAUUGAGCAAGUUCAGGACCUGAUGCCAAAGAUUGAGCGGAGUGCGUCGGAACCCUCUUUGCACCGUGCGGUUCAUGCAGAGGAUCUGAACCCUCUCCUGUUCCACGCCACGCGGCUGAUGCCACUGUGACGCUGCUGAUCGCUAUUCAGGGGGGGGGGGGGCGCUCAUCCCCAGACCUGCUGCUCUGCUGUUCAGUUCCGGGGGUGGCAGGGGCUGGAGGAGUCCCAACAUAACCAGCCAUGACUGCCCAUGACUGCAACCCCAAUAUGUAGAAAAUAUCAGCUGAAACCAAGACAGGGAGGGAACGCAAAGAUGGUCCGGACUGGCUCAACUGCAAAGCCACAAGCAGACACCUGAAUGGCAAUGAAUUAUCAUCUGCAUUCCUAUCCCAAAGUUAUUUGAAAUAUUCAAAAGGACUUUCCUAACUCCGCAAUUAGGUCCCUGUAAAUUCUUGCCUCUCCAAGAGCUAGACUGACUCCUUCAUGGUAUUCCCUUAGCAUAAAAAAUCGGAGAAGAUAACCUGUGUUUGUAGACUAAUUUUUAGAAUAAACUGUAAGGGUUGCUAGAUUUUAGGAAAUUUAGAUGUAACAACAUAUGCUGGAGAUAAGAUUGCACAGCUGGAGACCUGCGACUGUUAGAGUAUCCGCAUCCUCUAUUCAGCCUUUUUAGACAUAUUGGCUAAAAAUAAAAUUGGUUGGUGUUUAGACUUACAGUAGUCAUCGCCUAAAAGGACGGUUAAUCCUUUGAAAAAAGCUGCUAUUGAAACAACAAGCAGCCACAAUCCAGAGAAGGAUAGGUUUUGUGGACUUGCCUUUACUCGAAAUAAAACCAUCCAUGGGCUAGAAUAAAUUUUGGGUUAAGGAACAGCCAGAAACAAAGCUGCUUCACACAGUAAAUCACCAUGGUUUAGUUUACUGAAAUAGUGCCUAUCUUUAAGGAACUUGAAGCUAGGAGACAUCCUGUUGGGUGUAAAAUGUGCUUACAGAAGAUCAGGUUUUGGUUUUUCUCCUUUUCUGCAUUUUCGGUUGUAUAGUUAGAUAAGUUAAGCCCUUGCAUGCCUCCCUGUAGGCUGAAUACUGAGACACUGCUUCCUCUAGGGUGGGGGGAGAUUUAAAAGAGGAUUGGGGUGUACUGGCUCCGGUGUGCUGGGUAGGCUGGCUGCAGCUCUGUAUAUGUACUUGAACUGUGUGGUUGUGUCUGCGUGUAAGAGGCUCACUUUUUGUUAUCACUGUGGACUUCAGGGAUUAACCUGGAGAGAGGACCUGUUUCUGUUUCUAUGACCAUGCCGGUGAGGGUGGAGGCGUCAAUCCCAAAGUUUCUAGCCAUGUAGAUGUCUGGAGUUACAAAUAGGAUGCCUUAAUGUGGUGUUAGUUUGCUUUGAUUUAAUGGAGAGAAGUGGUAGGUUGCUUAGUAAACCUUCUUUUAGCCAAUUUGUAGAACUUGUAUUGCCUCAGAAAAGUACAGCUUACUUUAUUUGCGCAUUACUGACUCUGCUCAAUGCUAUGCAACACAAUGCAGGUUCAUUCACUGUAAGUGGCACAUUUAAUAAGGUAUCUAAAUAAGUCCAUUUGUAUAUUUUGCUUCAACUCUCCCUCACUGUUGCCGCUUUAAUGUCUGAAUCAAGCACACAUGUAUUCGCUGAAGACAUCUUUCAGCUGCUGCUCAUUUACAUUUUAAUAAUGUUUGUCAGAGGCCUAGUUAUUUUUUUCAGCAAUACAAUCUGUGACUUACUGAUGGUCUAAAUCUGUGCCAUUUAAAUUAAUUAAAAACAGACGAUUGGCUUUUUUCCAUCCAUUCUUAUUUUUGGAUCCAUCCAUUUGUCUUCUAACUACAUAUUCUGGUGAGGAUCACAGGGGGCCUGAAACCUGUGCCAGGUAGCAGAGAGCACAACGCUGGCAUACUUUCUGUUUGGGAUACCGGUCCAUUGUAGAGCUAGAUUGGCUUGUCCCCAUUUACGGCCUCUUGCCAUACAGCCUACAGGAAGUUUAAAUGGCACCACAGGCAUGUGGCUGUUACCCCCCCACCCACACACGCAUACAAACACUAGCGGAAUGCUGAAAGUUAUGUAUUUAAUUAUCAGAGUUGGAAAGUGGCCGUCACUAAAUUUAAAAACAAAAACCUGCUGUUUGCAGAGCAGAGGCUGGCAUUGGGUGUCCAACUGCAGCAGCGCUAUACAAAAAAAGGAAAACUGGAUUUUUAUUAUUAUUUUUUUGGGAACACUGGUAAUUGCCAGAUGAGGGACAUUGGUGGUUAACUGAGAUUCAGUUACAAGGUGCAGCCAAAUCUUAAAAUUACCUGUUAUAGGCAAAAAUGGCACUAUAUUGUAUUCAGUGUCGCAUUAUGUACAGGUGUACAUUAAUACAAAUGGUCUGCAUCAACAAAUCUGUUCUAUUAUCAAUUAUUUAUUAGAUUGGAAACUUGCGUCAUGUCAGGAAAUGCCUAAUUUUUGUUUAUUAUCAAACAUUUUCCAGACUACAGCAUCUAGUAAGUCUUCCAGAUUGGGCCACGUUAUCAUCUUUUCCCUACAACAAGCUCAGGGCAUUAGUGUCUAAAUGAUCCCUAAGAAUUAAGCCUCACUUGCAGUUAUAUAAACACACAGAUUUUGCCCCCGUUAGGGUCUUUGUUCUGCAUAGGUUGAAGUUCAGGUCAUCUAAAUAUAUAGUUUUUGAAGAAAUUUUGGCAGUGAAUUGGACAGUUUGUAGCUGGUAGAAAGUGAGUAGUACUGGUGUUACUGGGGGGAGUUUGCUUGUAGUGACCUUAAUCAUACAUGUAUGUAGAGUGCAGGUGGUGGUUGAAGGAGACAGGGCUGUUGAACAUGGUCCCGUGCCAAGCUGAUGGGUGUGGCCAGGUCUUUAUUGAUGUACUGUGAAUACUGGUCUGCAUAGGGCAGCAUUUUGAAAUGCAUAAUUCUGCCCACCCCUGUAAUGAUCAUGUUAAAAACGACAUCGCCUGACAAUUGGUUAAGGACUCCAGAGCAAGUAUAACUGACAGCUUUUGUUUCUAGAAUAAAUGCGUAUGUAUAUAUGAUUUGAGUUUUAGAAUUAUUUAAUUUUUAAUAAGGGGCUGGGUACCCCAUUUCUCAUUGGUAGGGUUCUGGUUGCUCUGUUUCUGGGUUCAGGGGAUUUCCUAACAAACAGGGUAGUGACCUAGAUGAUUUCUCACUUUAUUUAAUUUUCGCGACAUUACACGUUAAAACUGUUCCUGAUGUCGCUGUGACAUAUCUAAUCGUGUCCUGAGGUUUUUAAAACCUAACUUAUUUUGUUACUAUCUUCUUGAGUUUUUUUUUUUUUUUUUUAAGAGUCCUUUGUAAUCAAAGAAUCUGAACAAGCUGGUAAACUGUACAGCAGAUAUACUGAAUGCCUGAAGCAGCAGGGAUGCAAGCCCAGUAGCUGUGGGGGGUCGACUGCAAAACCUCCUUCAGUCUGAUGAAGAAAAAUGUGUUCUUACAUGUCCAUGGAGCCAUAGAGACAAAUAAAGCCUGCCACAGCAAAAUAUUAGCAAAACAGAAUUUUGUGUCAUUCAACCCCAAUCCUUGCCAGCCAGGUGCAUGCUUAUCUCAUCCGGUUGUUUAAUAUGAAGCUUUUGUUUCAUAGAAAACUAUCGUGUUAAAUUUCACCCAUUUCUAAAACUGGAUAUUACUUUAAAACUUAAGGAUCUUUAGGGAAUAACAUUCAUUUUCCUUCAGGUACCUUAACCACCCGCUUCUCAGCCAGUUAAUUUCUGCAAGCCCUGCUGAGACUGUGAUAAGUGGCAGCAGCAAAGUGAAUGGGACUGCUGUAGGAAUGCCCCUGAACGUUCUAGAUCCUCAGGGCUGACGACAAAGCAUUCCAUUCCAGAAAGGCACAUGACAGAAGUGUCCCAUUGGAAGAUUCAGUAAUAUUGACCUCCUUAACAGAUUAGCUUUUUUUUUUCUUGUCAAUUUUCUUCAGAAUUGAAGAAAUAAUUGAUCAGUACGUUGGAGUGGAAAAUACACAUCUUAAUGUAGAUCACUGAUGUUGUACAGUAUCAGGGUGGUACAUGGGAUGUUACAUUUGCAAUACAAAAAGGUAUGUCCUGUGUACAGUUACAUUUUUUAAUGUAAAAAAAUGUACUUGUUUCUAUUUUUGUGUGGUUUUAAAAGAACAAAUUAUUUUAAAACGAGACAAAUCUUAGUUUUUUUAGAAUUAUUUUUUGUCUUGUAAAAAAUACGGAUGGCUACGGGAUUUAUUCUUAAAAUAAAAGUCUGGAAUAUUUA